AUGGCUCCCUGGUGGCCGUCUUCUUCAGGAGCAGACAGACCUGAACGUGAUGAUGACCCUUUCGCCGACUUCCGCCGCUUUGCAGAUGAACAGAUCAAUGCACUGGUCGAAGGCAUCAACUCUCUUCCAGGCUUCAGCUCUGCGGAACAGCGAUGGUCUGAUGAGAUGCGAGAACUGCGUAGGCGUCUGGAGCAAGACUUUCCGCCACUCUUCGCUUCCCUCCUAGGUGCUCCAGAAAGACGAUCCUACCUCGGAGGUCCUAUCAGUGAAGAAGCUCGUCAAGCGGCGCGUGUUCUGCUUCUUCAAGCACGCAAUGCCAGUUUUGGAGUUGACCCUAGAAAGAUUCUCACUCUCUAUCAAGAUCAUGGUCAAGGUAUGAUGCCUGUUCACAGCAAGUUCCCUAUCCGUACCACGACCAGUAACACCACUUGGCUUGGUAUCGACUGGUUCAGACACAGCCCCUACUCGCCCAUUCAACUCGAACAACACUCUACCGCCCACCAACAUGGAGGUAAAUGGCGUGCUGCCUUCGAAGAUCUACUCUGUGCUCAUCUCGAAAAGCCACAAGUUGCUUACGAAGCCUGGAAAGCUGAAGACUCUAUUGCCGCAUCUGAUCCUGACAACCAGGUCUUGUACAACCACUGGGCCCAGCCUGGCAUUGACUGGAUGCUCGGUCUACAGUGCAGAGGCAUCUUGCCACCUCAGCUGCCUAGUCUGUACAACAUCACUCCUCUGGAAACCAAGAAACUCGAUUGCGUCUUCGGCAAAAUCGUGUCCGGUGUUAGUAAUUUCUGGACGCCAUAUGGCCGAGCUGUCUACGAGGACUUUACGCAGCUGGCGAGAAUAGUGGCCUCUCCUGAUGCGGAAGACUUGGUCGUGAGAAGUAAAGUACAGCCUGACACAGAGUUGGACAUGUAUGAGCAGUUGUGGAAAGCCAGGGAGGACUAUGGCAAGGACAAGACAGAAGUCCCUCAGUCAUCGACUGCGUCCAACAAAGACCUGUCAGCCCCAUCUCCUAAGACCGAAGAAGCAGAAAAGCCAAGUGUUAUUGUAGUCAUGACCACCACAGAGAUGCGCACCAUGCCUGACGGAUCAGUCUAUGCCAAGCGUGUCUUGAAGAAACGCUUCUCCGAUGGCACCGAGGAGAACAGAGAAGAAGAGUCGACUGGGCAGCCUGAGAACGACGACAAGUCAGUCAGCGGAGAUGGCGCUCUCGAAUUGCAGGACAAGAAGGGCGGUUGGUUCUGGCACUGA